ACGACAGUCGCCGCUUAGGCGCGUCCGCACGAUCUUCCACCUGAGAGUCUCUGGGGCGAAGAGGGCGAAGAAGUCGGCGCCGUCCUUGAAGAAGGCCGCGUGGCGUCCACGGAAGACGGGGCCAGAGGUCGUUCGCGCGAUCCUAGGAACAAUAGACUCCAAGAGGGCACCUAUGAGAACCGGCGAGCGAUUCGAUCGGAGCCGGUCAAAGUGUCAAUCGGAUCAAGUGGAUGCGCUUCGCGGUAUCAAGGACGAGACCAGCGGAAAAUUAGCGCUGGCAUUCGACCGCUUAACACCGAGACGAGUGCAGUGAUAACGAGGAGGGAGAGAGACAGGUGAAGGAAGAACGAGGAUCGAUGGACGAAUUAGGACCUGGGAAAAUCUGUAUGAAAUUCGAGGGUGACGAGGAUGCUGGAUUUGGACCCGAAGUCGACUCUAAUCGAGGAGUCGAGAUUGCAGGGUGAUAAGUGCGCGAGAUAAUUCCAAGUUGGAUUUGGAAAACGGUUCCAGUUUGGCUCUUUGGUCUCAAGUCCCAAGGAUCUGGAAGUACCGGAAGUGAGGGUAAUCCGAAAGGACGCGGUUGUAAUGUUCGUAUGAGAUAAGAAGGACGAGAUGAUCGGUCCAGGGGGAUGAUUAUGUCGUUAGGGCCACGUGUGAACCUUGAGGGUUUUUUACUACUUAGCGACGACAUUGAUGUUCACGUUUGACAGAUCGUGUGACUAGGGCGAUAAGGGGCGGCGAGAUUAAAGCUUGGAGUCGGACGAUCGGCAAUGUUGAAGGUGUCAUAUAUGCUGACAAUGUUGAUGUCAGGCUUGGGGGAAUUAAAAAAGUUAGUGGCAGUAAUCGAAAAGUUGACCAGCAGAGUACUUGGAGGAAGUAACGAGCGUCGGGAAUUUUGAGGAUAUUGGAACCAAAGAUAAGAAGAAUUUUGAAAUUAAUUGAACGACGUCGAGGAGGUUCGACCCGAGGAUGGUAAAUAUCGCUAGGACGUCGAGGGCUGAUAAGUGGAACGCGAAAAGUGCGACUUCGAUUUUGGGGGGCAAAACCGAGAAAGUUCAGGCCGGCGAGGGGGUCGUUGCAGUAAUCGACCCUGACGUGACUACUUUGACAAGUGUAAUAACCAUUUACAUAUCGACUUCCGGAAAGUUUCGGACCCCGAAGAGUAACCUACGACAGGGCAGAUUGGGAGAGUUAUGGAGUUGCCUAAUGAAUUCGGAAAUCGAUGGGGAAACUUAGGGUGGGUUUGCAUUAAGGGUUGAAAAACCUUGGGGAAGUUUGGGGGAGGUUUCAAGCGUGGAAUUACUUCGGGGAAGUUCGUCUUGGUAACGCGGACCGACGGUUGAAAAAUCUCGGGACAUUUUCCGGGGGUGUGUAUGUACUAAAGGGUGGAAAUACAGAAAGUGGCAAGUUUCGAGGAAUCGCUCAAUGACAGUUGAGGAACCGUCAAACAUUCGCUGAGAUUGUGUGCGCAGAAGUGGAAAAGAUUAGAGAAGUUUGUCGAGGGUGGAAGCACACUGGGGAGAUUCCGAUGUCCAGCCUCCCUGAGAGCUCUUAAGUCAUCGAGUUACGUCUCCUCAAGAUUUCCCGACUCACGGCCAUUGUCUCGAAAGACUUCAAUUCGAUUUUGUUGACACGAGAACAAAAAACGAAAAAGUCAAGAUUGAUCCAAAUUCGAGCACGGGACGAUUCUACGGUCGUGCACACCUCAUGCAUUCCUGAAAAUCGAAAAGUCACAGCUGUGUUACUUGGAUAAGGCUGGUAAAAAAAUAGAAUCUGCACCAAAGAUCACUGUCGGAAUCUUCGACACGUGAAAGCUUCCCCAAGAAAACGGGACUCCCGUUUUGAAAAUUCAAAUCGCGCAUCGGAAUUCAGAGAAAGCGUCGCGUUCUCCAAAGACUGCCAAGUGAUUCGCGACCAAGUCGAGGUGUCCAAUCGAAUUGGCAGCUCAUCUCCGUGACAGCGAUCUGUCACCCUUUAGACUGUCAUCGAUAUUUCUCUGGGCCUCGCCGAAGGUGAUCACCCCUUCCAACACCGAUCCAGAGUCGACCUUGCUCCUCGACUUUAAUUCGGCCAAAUUGAAAGUAAUCGAGUUAGAGGGUCUUGACCGCUCCUCGUGUAGUUAAAGUAGCUGCCGGAGUAGCUAAGUUCCGUCGAUUAGUUGGCCUGGUGACACCGUGCCAGUAAAAUCGCAACGGCAAGCCUCGUCCCGGCCAUUGGUCAGAAUUUCUCGAAUAACAUUUCCCUCAUUCGGAGUUUCGUCGGAACACGAUUCUCUGAAACAACUCCAUUAAAGCCGAUUGUUCCAACCAUCGCUUGAUUGCAGACCGUUGACAUUUACAGUCUGUUGGCACUGUUCAAGGAACCAGCCCACCCUGGUCACUUUGGUCAGCAAAUGCUUGGUUGGACUCUGUGAAAAAUAUUCCCAACCCCCAAGAUAAAAAAGAACAAAAUAGUACCACGUGGCGAUGAGUGGGCGAGGAUUUACCAAGAUUGCUUGAAGGUCUAAAAACCAUUGUCGAGGAUGAUCAACGAGAGUUUGUCGAACCUCCUCGCCCAGAGUCCGGAACUCGGCCUGGGCGAAGAGUUCUCCACCAGGAGUUUACCUGUGGACUUUCUGAAAGAAGGCAGACUGCAAGCUCAGCUAAACGUUUCUCACGCCGUCACGGAAUACCUGAAGACCGAGGAAGCCUCGAGGAGAGACUCCUUGUACGUGGUUUUACCAGUCACCAUCAUUUACGUGGCCAUCUUCUUCACCGGAGUCAUCGGGAACGUCUCCACGUGCGUCGUGAUAGCUCGCAAUCGGUCGAUGCACACCGCAACUAAUUACUAUCUCUUCAGUCUGGCCAUCUCCGAUCUACUUCUACUGAUCUCUGGAUUGCCCCCCGAGAUGUACUACAUCUGGUCGCAUUUCCCCUACGUGUUUGGCGAGGUCUUCUGCAUCAUCCAAGGAUUCGCAGCGGAGACCUCGGCGAACGCGACGGUCCUCACCAUCACGGCGUUCACGGUGGAAAGAUACGUGGCCAUUUGCCACCCCUUCAUCUCGCAUACCAUGUCGAAGUUGUCGAGGGCUGUCAAAUUCGUAGUUGCCAUAUGGCUGCUAGCCCUGUGUCUCGCCAUCCCUCAAGCUAUCCAGUUUGGGGUGGUCUACAACUAUGACAGGAAUGGGACUGCCAUAGAAGACAGCGCAAGGUGCACCGUCAAAUGGGAGAUCCUGGCCCAUGCCUUCGAGACCUCGACCUUGCUCUUCUUCGCCGUGCCCAUGACCAUCAUCACGGUCCUCUAUGUCCUCAUCGGCAUCAAGCUUAGGAAAUCAAAACUGCUGACGGCUGUCAAGAGGAACUCCGUCAACAAUAGUCUUAACCACAGCGAGUACAGCAGAAGGAAGUGCGCAGCCCAGAGGAACGUCAUCAGGAUGCUGGUUGCGGUGGUUGUGGCGUUCUUCAUCUGUUGGGCGCCAUUCCAUGCACAGAGAUUACUCGCUGUGUACGCCCAAGGAAGUGGUACACCUCAUCCAGGGUUGAUCAUCGUAUACACCACACUUACAUACAUCUCAGGGGUGCUUUAUUAUCUCUCGACAACGGUGAAUCCAUUGCUGUACAGCAUCAUGUCCAACAAGUUCCGAGAAGCCUUCAAGUCGAUGUUGUCGCAGCAUUGCGGAGGUCGCUCAUCCCAGAAGGGAAGUCCAAGAAGACCGACGUAUAGUGCGCUUUCCCACUAUCCAAGAUCGACGAUUCGCCGGACGAAUCAGCUGUCGGCGUCGAUAUCCGUCAGCGACGAGACGCAGAGAUUGGCACCGACGAAUUCGCCGAAAAGCGUCGCCGAGGAGCAGCCCGUUGUCAAGGACCAGGAGCGGAAGGACCCUCCAGAGGGGACCCCAGCGACGAAAGAGUCCACCCCACGGGAGAACCGAAACCACAGGUCGAGGGGCUCGUCCAACUCGAGCCAAGUGACGGUGAUGACCUCCGUCAGUAAGGGGGGUAGCGAGGGGAACAAUAACGUCGGAGGGGCAUGUAUUAACGACUGCUUGCCGAAAAGCCAUCGCCCGGGGAAGACGGUGACUUUAGGGAUCCUUGCAGAGAGACUCAGGAUGGGCACUCGGGGGUUCUUUGCUCAGCAGCAGAAGUCACCCCGGCCCAGAGUGACGCCGGAAGUGGCGAGCGCGCCGCCGAAGUUGCAGAGCCAUCCUAGCAUCGACAGUGCCAACACCAUCAGCAACUCCAGCUUGCAGGACCUGGACGAGACCGAGUUCACCGGCUCGGAGUUGGCCAAGUACAUGGGGGAGCUCAACUUUGAUCUUGUCACUUGACGCUCGUUCCUCCACUGGGAGGUCUCGUUUCCGCUUAGAAGGUUCUCCAUGAACACCUGAACCUCGGCUCGACCGUCCAUUGACACGAUCGAGUUGCGGAACUUUGCCUAAAAUACCCAGAAAUAAACAAAAGACUCCGCUAGUCGAGCCUGAAGACACUCGUUGCGAUGUUGGCUUACCAAGAUGGCGGACUCACCCGAGGUCAUGCAAAUUUCGAGGUACCGAUUGAAUGUAAUCGAGAAAGAGGCAGCAUCGAUGAGUUCGAAGGACCGCCCUUCGAAUUGGAUCCUUUCCAAGUGCGGUUACGUGAAUUUUAAGUGGUCUAGAUGAUACGCGGUAAUGGAAGGAUUUGUACUCCGGGUUCUCCAAAAUGGCCGCCUGGAGUAGGUCGCAGAUGUGGGCUGUAAGAGUUGUAAAGUUUUAUCGACGGGUCUGUAAUGUAAAUCUACGUAAGUAGUGAAAGUGAACUGUCCAACAGUCUAUCGAGCUUCGUGUUAGAGUAUAUCUAGGGUUAAGCAAAUGACUGGAAAUAAAGCUCGUUUUAAUAUCACCGGAGAACCGAGUCAGGAGGAUAUCGAUUCGAUAACGUGAGUUUACCCUCGAUUUCAAGGGGCUUCCAGAAAGACAACGGAAACCACGUUUCCACGAUAACCACGCCAGGUGGAAAAUCUCUAUACCUAUACGUGAAAUACGAGAAAAAAAUACCAGAUACAAGAAUGCACAAUCUUUAUUGGUUAUCGCUCGUUCACUGCAAACGUUAAACCGAAGAAAGUAAAGGCGCCAUUUUGCUCGAUAUUAUAUAGAGCUUUUCUAUCGCGGUAAGUGACCCGUAAAUUGUGAACUGUUUAAUUAAUUAAUCUGCGUAGAUCCCUGGACUCAGCACGAGGUUUAACGAUGUGGUUAUCACGCUACGAAUCGCUGUAUAUCGGAUAACCUAGAAUUGGUUCGGCGCAUAGUCAGCGGAAACGUAAUGGAGGGACGAAAAUAGACACGUAAGCUAUGCUGGUUAAUUUAAGUUACGAUAUAUAUAUUUGUGUGUAUGUAUAUACGUAUUAUAUUUAUUUUUCUAUUUGUGCUAUGCGCCGGGACGCAAACUUAUAUCCGGAUAAAUUUUCCUUUCGUUCUACGAAUUUUCGAUAUUUCCUCUUCUUCGUGGUAGUCAAGGAGAGACAUUCGCGACGAUUCGUAUGGAUUUACGGCACUGUACUGUGACACUUGUUCCACUGUCGUUAGUCUUCUAAUAAAAAAAAAAAUUCAUUGCC